GAAAGGUGAGCUUGGCGAAUAUCUGGGUAAGUAGCGGGGACCCCAGCCCUUGGCAGCUAGAUCGCUUGGGGGGCUUUCUGCGCCUGCUCUUCCCAUCCGGGGGGAGCACUCUUCAGCCCAACCCAGCCAGACAGACUCCAGCCGUCUCGGCCCGCGCCACCCCGCGCCACUGUAGCCCUGUCACUCUCCUUUCCUUAGCCUGUUGCUUCUUGUCCUGGGGAGGAUGAGCCGGGAACCUAAGGCCCGAGGGAAGGUUCAGAGGGAGGUGGGAGACAUGGUACCCACGCCAUCCGAGCCUAAGGAGAAAACGGCCUCUCAGCGGGAGUUUGAAGGCCUCGGCCUGGCAAUUCGCCACCACGGAGGCCAGGGCCAAGCCCUGUCCGCCAAGGCGGCAGCUUUCCGGGCAUGGACGCCCUGGGCUUCCUGGAGCCCCGCGGGAGCCCCAGACCCUGGAUGCCGCCGCCUUCCUUCCCCCCAGAAGCCAGAAGGGGAUAGAAGCGACUGCAAGACGCAGGUGCUGCGUCACAUUCUUUCUUUGGCGGGCGAGCGACAAGCGCAGCUGGCCGGCCUGCUGUCCGGCCCCGCGGUCAGUCGGGAGGACCUGGACAAGGCAGCUCGGCACAGGGCCGAGCUGCUGGGUCACUACCAAAGGGUCAUCCUGGCCGACGUGGUGUUCUCGGAGGAGCACCGCGUCAGCCAGCGCCUCUGGAAGCACGCCUUCCACCAGGUGAUCGAGAAGCUGGGGCACCUCCUGCAGCAGCCCAGUGCUCUGCCCCCAGAGCACGUCGCCCCCAGGUUCUGGGCCGUCCUGGACGAGGGCACCCCGUUCUUGGAGAGUCUGCUGGAAAAGCUCCAGAAGCGAUACCGGUUCCAGCUGCGGGAGCCCCCCACUCGUGGGUCGGCCUUUGGACACCAGCCCUCGGAGGAACCCUUGAAGUCGGCCUUGGCCUGUGGCCAGAAGCUGCUCCUGUGCCUGGGAGAUCUCGAUCGGCACCUGCAGCAAGCCCAGGGCUCCGCAGACUUUGGCACAGCCCGGAGCUGGUACCUGCAAGCUCUGCAGCUUGAUCCCUCAGACCCGCAGCCCUACAACCAGCUGGCCUUGUUGGCGGCGUCUACCAAGAGGAAACUGGACGCCGCUUACUAUUGGAUGAGAAGCUUAGCUGCAGGGAGACCGAGCAUUUGCAGCGAGAAGAACCUCAGGAAACUCUUUGCAGCCCUGGGACGCCAGGCAGAAGACAGAGGCCGGGGGAGCAGCGGCAGCAGUGCGCGGGCUGGCGAUCUUGGGCAAGCUUUCACGCGCACUUUUCUCCAAGCUCACGCGCGACUUUUUACCGGGAAGGGGAUGGAGGCAUUUGGGCCGGCGGCGGAGGAGGUGCUGGAGAAGUUCCAGCUCCUGCUUCGCAAGAGUCCCGCUUCUCUGGCAAAGCAGCAGAUGCUCCUCCACCUCCUGACCAUCAACAUGUUCGCUGUGCACAACUCCCAGCAGCAGGAGAGGUCCUCGGCGCCCGGGGCUCCUUUGGUCCAGGGAGAGGCUACUUGCCUGGCGCUGGCCAUGUUCGCGCUGCUGCUGCGCUGCUGCACCUACUGGCUUCAGCGAUGCCCCUCAGCUGGGGGGGCCCCUGCGGAGGGUGAGGGUCAGCCUGGGGCGAUCCUGGUUUCCUCCUUCGGUCCCAUCCUCCGAGCCCUGCUCCCCAGUGUGAAGAUCUGUUGCGAAUGGAUCGUGCUCUGGAGAAGGAGCUGGGAGCCGGCCAGCAGCAGCCCGAAGGCCGCAGGACGCGUUGCCCGGGACCUUUGGGGGAGUCUCCAUCGUUUACGCCAAAGCCUGCUGAUGGUCGACACUUCCGAGGUGCCCCUGUACGGGCAGCCCGGCGACGACCUGGCCCUGCUCCUCCUGGAGGAGGAUCAGCUCUUCUCAGGCUUCGCUCCGUUACUGGGUGCUCCCCGAGAGCCCUGCUACUACCGGAGGACAAAGUCGGACGAGGCCAUGGCAGGGAACUGCAGGCGAGUUAACGUGCUGAAGGACUUGUUGGAAUCGCUUUGCGGCCCAGAGGAGCCCCUCUGGGCAUCCCCGGAUGGCCAAGACUGCGGGCCGGCAGCCGCUGCAGACUCAGCCAGAGAGCAAAGGCAACUCCAUCAGGAAGACAGGAAAGUGUUCAGGGCAGACGCGUGGGAGGAAGCCCCUGGAGCUCCUGACCAAGCUCCUGAGGAGCUGAAGGUAAAGAAGCUGCUAGUGGCCCAUGAGCUAGCAGCAGAGCAGCGGCGUCUUGCCAGAAUCCAGGCUAUUCUGCUUGGCCCGACCCAGGAGAGGCAGCUGGGGGAAGAGCCCCGCCCCAGGUGCCUGGUCCUGGACACCAAUAGUUUCCUUCUGCAGCUAGACACCAUGAGCCAGCUGUUGGAGGAGACGAGCCUCACAGUGCUGGUACCCCUGGUGGUAAUCCUUGAGCUCAAGGGCCUGGCCAAGGGGGAACAGGGAAACCCGAUGGGCAGGACCCCUUCCUCUAGGCCUCGGCAGAGGACCCAGAGGGCCCAGAGAGCCCUUGACUUCCUGGAGCAGCAUUUUCCACUCUUUAAAGAUCGGCUCAAGGUCCUCAGCAGUCAAGGGCAAGAGCUUAAAAGCAUUGACUGUGACCAGAAGAACAUCAUCUGGCUGCACGGAAAUUACGAUGACCACAUCCUGGCCUGCUGCCUCAACUACCAGAGAGCUCAGACCCACAACAACAUGCCUUCCUGGGACGACCAGCCAAUCCAGCUCCAUCUGGGGGACCUGGCUCUGCUCACAGAAGAUCGCACCCUUCGCGUGAAGGCACUGGCCUCCAACGUGCCUGUGUGGGACAAGGAGACAUUCCUCCAAGCAAUGAAACAUUUGCAGCCUCCUCCUCUGUAGAGGGCCAGGAGGAAAGAAUGCAUCCCAGAUUUUAAAUGUUACCCUAACUAGCUUCAACAAUAUGUCUUUUCCUUAUUAAUAGCACAGGUGUGAUUGGCUGUUGGAGGUCCGCCCCUGUAGUGAGAUGAAGGGGGUGGUACAAUAUACUAGGGCCAGCCGGAGAUGUCCUGUUUAUGGACUCUUGGAUGUUUAUUGAUCAGAGAGACAAAUAUAUGUAUCAAAUGCUCAUAGUUUUGAUACAAAGUACACUCUUUUAAAAGUCCUCUAGCCUAACAAAAUCUUCUACAAUGUAAAAUAUUAAAGUGCUUAAGCCCCAGAUCUUGCUUACUUAGACAGAGAUGGAAAUAGUUGAGAUCUGCAUCAGAGUAAAGUUUAUUAUUGCUUUGUCUCCGGUAUCUUUCUCCGAAAUCACUUUAGGCUCCUUUUGGACAUUCUCUCUUGUUCUAAAUUCCAAAAUUUAGCUUUUAAUCCAAAGAGUAGUGUUUGCAUUUUGCUUCAGUCAGUUGAUUAUUAAUUUCUUAUCUUGAAAGCAGUCUCUUAUUCCAAUAAGGGAGUUUUGUUGAGCCAAGUUAAUGUAAGACCCCAAACCUAGCAUGGAGUCUUCCUUCCUGGCCCUCUACACUUGGUAAUAGGGUAAAUUGGAAUUCCAGUGACUGAAACAAAAUGCAAACACAACUGAACAGAUUAAAGCUAAACCUUUGAACUUGGGAGAGGAAAGAAGGUCCACAAAGAGACUAAAGGUAUUUGCAAGUAAGGUACUGGAGACAACAGUAUAAUAAACUUUAUUCUGAUGCGGAUCUCGGCUAUUUACAUCUCUGUCUCAGUAAGCAAGAUCCGGGGCUUAAGGGGUUAAAUCGUGUAAAUCAUAGUAGAUUUUGUUAGGCUAGAGGAAUUUUCAAAGAGUUUUAUUUUGUAUCAAAACUAUGAGGAUUUGAGGUAUAUAUAUUUGUCUCUCUGAUCGCUAAACUGCCAAAGAGCCCAUAACGGAGACUCUCCCUGACUGGCC